GUCGGUCGCUCGCUCGCCUCCUUGUCACUCCGAGAGAGAGAGAGAGAGAAUCUCCGCCUCACUUUCUUUCUUUUUCUCCUGCUCGGAGGUGGUUUCGCGAGGUCGGAGAUCGUGGCCUGCGAGUUUCUUGCUGAUCUCCCACUGUUGCAUCGAGAAGUUUCGCCGGCUGAGCUCGAGAUUUGAAGCUGGAGCUUGAAGACGAAACGGAUCGCGGAGGCGGCGAUUGACAGCGUCGGACGGCGGAGAGCGUGGCGCGUGGCUGUUGAAGUGUCACCGAGACGGCGGAGCGGCGCGGCGUGGAGUUUCCCGGCGGAGAAGGUUCGUCGGAUGUCGGUAGCGGCGGCGUUCGGACGGCAGGCGUUUUCGUAGGAUUGAAGGAAGGAGCAUAGAGAAUAGGAGUGUGAGAAAUGGGAGCAAUUAGUGGGGAGGAGCUACUUAAGUGGGAAAAGAUGCAAGGGAUGGGUGCUCGCGAGGAGAAGAUUCUCGUUUUGGUGAGGUUGAGGCCUUUAAGCGAGAAGGAGGCUGUGGCCAAUGAAGUAGCAGAUUGGGAAUGCAUCAACGACACCACGAUCUUGUACAGGAACACCCUUAGGGAAGGGUCUACUUUUCCUUAUACCUACACAUUUGACAGGGUAUAUCGUGGUGACUGUUCUACGAGGGAGGUGUAUGAAGAAGGAGCAAGGGGACUUGCUCUCUCAGUUGUCAAUGGCAUUAACUCCAGUAUAUUUGCUUAUGGGCAAACAAGUAGUGGAAAGACAUACACCAUGAAUGGAAUAACAGAGCUCACUGUAGCUGAUAUAUUUGAUUAUGUACACAAACAUGAAGAAAGAGCAUUUGUUUUGAAGUUCUCUGCUAUCGAAAUCUACAACGAAGUCGUUAGAGACCUCCUCAGCACGGAUAGCACUUCUCUUCGGCUACUGGAUGAUCCAGAGAGAGGGACUAUCGUGGAAAAAGUAACAGAGGAAACUCUGCGGGACUGGAACCAUUUUAACGAGCUUGUAUCCAUUUGUGAAGCUCAGAGACAAAUUGGGGAAACAUUACUGAAUGAGAGAAGCUCCAGAUCUCAUCAAAUUCUCAAAUUGACAGUCGAAAGUUCUGCUCGUGAGUUUUUAGGCAAGGACAACUCCACGACCCUUUCAGCCAGUGUGAAUUUCGUAGAUUUGGCUGGUAGUGAGCGUGCAUCUCAAGCAUUAUCAGCUGGAACUCGAUUGAAAGAAGGUUGCCACAUAAAUCGCAGUUUACUGACUCUGGGAACCGUCAUUCGCAAGCUAAGUAAAGGGAGACAUGGACAUAUCAAUUACAGAGAUUCAAAGCUGACACGCAUACUGCAACCUGCCUUGGGUGGAAAUGCUAGGACUGCCAUUAUUUGCACUUUGAGCCCUGCUCGAAGUCAUGUUGAGCAGACUAGAAACACUCUACUCUUUGCCUGUUGUGCAAAGGAAGUGACUACCAAAGCACAAGUUAAUGUGGUCAUGUCUGAUAAGGCCUUGGUCAAACAUUUGCAGAAAGAGUUGGCUAGAUUGGAGAGUGAACUGAGAGCUCCUGGUCCCAUUUCAUCAAAUUGUGACUACGUAGCACUACUGAAGAAGAAAGAUCUUCAAAUUGAGAAGAUGGAGAAGGAGAUUAGGGACUUGAAAAAACAAAGAGAUGGAGCACAAUCUCGGGUUGAAGAGUUGCUGAAGUUGGUUGAAAAUGAUCAAGAUCCAAAACCACUGAUUGGAAAUGGACAUCAAUCAAACGGGAAAACAGAUGAUACAUGGGAAGAUGAUUGUUCAUUGUCAGACGACAUCGCCUAUUCUCACUCUCUGGGUUCAAGUGUAAGAAAAAUGAACGGAACAAUGCAUCACAAGAAGAUGAAUGGAAAUAACUCGGAACAACGAAACAAUUCUUUAUGGGAGAACACUGAAGAACAUUCAGAAGCAGAUAAUAUAUAUUCACCACGGUCAGUUGGUCAGGGAUAUGAUGAAUACUGCAAGGAUGUUCAGUGUGUUGACAUGGAAGUUUCAAGCAGGGAGAACAAUGUUGAAGCCCUUUCCAGUCCGCUUGGUGAAAAUGCAGUAUCAGCUCUGAGACGAGCUGAAGACCAUGAGGGAACUGGUCAGACUUCAUCAUCAACUGCAUUCAGUGAAAGUGGAGGACGGAGUCACAUCCAGAACCUCUCCAGAUAUAAUGAUCAUGGUGAUACAUCCCCACAAGCCCCAGAAGCUGAUAUCUCAAGUUCUACAAAUCUCAAGCUCAGUAGCGGCUUGAGCUGUAGAGCAAAUCCUGUAACUGGUUCCUCUCCCAGCUUUGAGGAGGCAGACGUCAACACAACACCUCCUAAUGAGUUUGAGAGGGUCUUUCCUGGAAGACCUGAAGCACUUCAAGGGAAGUUUCAUCCAUUAAAUUAUGACAAUGGCAUUGCAAGCCUGUCAAGAAAUAAUUCUCAAUCUUCUUUGGAAAGUGGUUCUGUUGCUCAGAGUGUCGGCGCAGCUGCAGAUGAAGAUAUCACUAGUGUUCAUACUUUCGUUUCUGGGCUGAAGGAAAUGGCCAGUGCCUAUGAGAAGCAACUAGCAGAUGAGCAGGGGGCGGAAUCAAGAUCUAACAACGAUCAUGAAAAUAAUGUGGAAGAAGUGGCUUCGACAUUGACAAAUCCACUAGAUUGGCCCCUGGAAUUUGAGAGAAAGCAAAGAUCGAUACUGGUGCUCUGGCAAAUUUGCAGCGUUCCAUUGGUUCACAGAACAUACUUCUUUCUGCUCUUCAGAGGCGAUCCAGCUGAUUCCAUCUACAUGGAGGUGGAGCUCCGAAGACUGACUUUUCUAAAGGAAACAUUUGCUAGCGGAGGCCACGCAGUGGCAGAUGGACGAGUUCUUACACCUGCUUCAAGUUUGAAGGCUCUUCAUCGGGAGAGGGAGAAGCUAAGCAAGCUGAUGCGCAGGAGACUCUCGGAAGCAGAGAGGGAGAGGCUCUUCCAGAAGUGGGGCAUCAGUCUGGAGUCGAAGAGGAGGCGGCUCCAACUGGCCAAUCGCUUGUGGAGCGACACGGAAGACAUGGAUUGUGUUAUGGAGAGCGCUUCUGUUGUCGCGAAGCUCGCCCGGUUCGAAGAGCAAGGAAAGGCUCUUAGAGGGAUGCUGGGGCUUAGCUUUAGUUCUCCUAGCAUGAGAAGAUCCUACGGCUGGAGGCAAAGGAGUGCAAUUUCUUAUUUAGGUUAAGUUGUCACACGAGAUUCAUGGCCACAUCCGAUAUCUUACAUUCUUCUCUUCAACUGAGUCGAACUGAUCGCAUGGUAGAGAAAGAACUGCAUUGAAUCCUCCUACCUGAAAUGCGUUUCCAAAAUCUCUCUCCGCAGCCUCCAGACCCAUUUUGUUUGUGUAAAAACAUUUGAAGCUUCUAAGCUAUUGUAAUGAUUCUAUCACAGUAUCGAGUUUUUCGGUUUCUAUCUA